AUGAGACUGUCUAGAGAGGACGCCACAAGAAUCUUUCCUUCCGCCAACUUACCACCAACAGAUUUAUCGAUCGAAGCAUUAAUGGUGGACACUGACGGUCAAAAUAGUGCCGAGAGAGACUCCCACGCUAAGCAACAGGAGACAUCUUGGACCGACGAAUCGUAUCCGACACCCAGAUAUUCCUCGCAGGCGGAACAGCAUCCCCGAAACGAGAAUGCUUCCAUUUUUCCUGAUCUGACUACGAUGGACAUGCGUCAAACAGUUGGAACCAGUACGGCCCACCUUUCUGAUUGGAUCAACGAUAACAUUAUCGCCGUCCGGUACGGGGCGAUGGCAACGAUCGGGCUCUUGACCGCUUACGGCCUUUCCCAAACACCGCUCUUUUUCCGUUAUCGGUCGGUCGCCGAGCUUCCUAAUUGGCUCUUUGCGAAACGGAGAUCUAUUACUUGUCGUCUUAUGCCACAGUCGCAUCGGCAAAUCUUACAUCCCAAUCAACCCAUCCGGCUCUAUCUACGACACUUAUCACCAGCGGAGCGAAUCCUACUAGCGAUUUCCAAGUCAACCUAUGAAAAGGUUCUUUCUUGGCAUCCAUGGAAUACUCUACCGCUAGAAACUUUGAGUGUUUCCUCCACCGAUCAAUCUGCACCAACCGCCCGCCAACUAGAAGCGUUAGAGGUUGAAAUUGCCGGCAUUCAGGCUGCACCCGAGCACCUGGCUCUCCGAGAAGCACCGGGUGAAUGGUUGGCACGGUUGUGCCGGGACCGUACGACAGUCUCACUCCAGCUGAUUGCGCGACGUGUGAUGGAUCAAGGUGAUGACACCAAUGAGCAACGCUUAGGUACAGCGAGUCGUAUUGGCAUGCGCAAAAGCAAGCGUGAUAUCCCCGAGCUGGAUUUCUCAAGCUCAAAAACUACCCAAUCCCAAAUUGCUAUUGGUCGCUUGUACUAUCGUCCCAAACUAGCACAAUUCCAGUCCACCGACGUGGGCCUCUCUCUAGUCCGGUACGGUCGGGCAACACCCGUAUCGGAUGGUUUGUGGAAGACGCUUCUGGAUUCGCACGUCGUCGUAGAAAGCAACAAAGAUGAAUCGGCACAGGAGGCGGCCAAACAAUCUUCGCGAGAUGCAACGUACGCAUCUCAGUUGAGCCAAGCCGAGUAUGAAGCAGCCGCUGGUUCCUACGGUAUGUGGACUGACGCGGAGAUUCGUAAGAAUCGGGCAGACAUUGUCGAUGAAGCCGAGUUUCAAACAACAGCUCCCGUUUGGAAAAAAGCCUGGCGGUGGAUACGAAGAAGGUAG